AUGACAAAGCCACGAUUGGAUCAUUUUCAGUGUCCUUUUAUAAGGACUAAGUCAGUAGCUCAAUGUACCACCGUUGAGCAAAAUGGAUAGGUACCAUGCAAGAGCAAUGCUUUUGGUCUUGGCAUUUGCACUUCUAAGCAAAGGAUAUGCACAAGACUUAGGUGCUCUUGUUUCAGCCAUCAUAACCUUCAGUGAUUCUGCAGUAGAUGUUGCUAACCAUGACUAUCUCCCCAAGGCCAAUUACCCUCCUUAUGGAAAGGACUUCAUCAAUCAUAAACCUACUGGGAGGUUUUGCAAUGGGAAGUUAGGCACUGAUAUCACUGAUAGAUUCCCUUUUGCAACUGAAAAUCACGGAUUCAAGACUUAUGCUCCAGCAUAUCUAAGCCCGGAAGCAUCAGGGAAGAAUCUUCUAAUUGGGGCCAAUUUUGCUUCAGCUGCAUCUGGUUAUGAUGACAAAGCUGCCAUCAUAAAUGUGAGAAAUAGAAUUCCACCUUAUGCAUAUAUUCAUCUGACACUUCUUUCCCUUUUUGUCAAACAAUUUUAGUAUUUUGCAACAUGCUAUCCCAUUGUCAUAGCCAUUGGAGUAUUACAAGAAGUACCAGAAAAAGUGAGCAAAGUUAGCUGGAUGUAACAAAUCUGCAUCCAUUAU